CUGGUGGCACUGACUGGCAGCACUGCUGGGCGGCACUGGUGGGUGGCACUGGUGGGCAGCACUGGUGGGUGGGCACAGGUGGGCACAGGUGGGUGGGGGCACAGGUGGGUGGCACUUCUGGGCACAGGUAGGUGGCACUUCUGGGCACAGGUAGGUGGCACUGCAGAGUGGCACAGGUGGGUGCACUGCUGGGCACAGGUGGGUGCACUGCUGGGCACGGGUGGGCGGAACUUGCGGGUGGCACUGCUG